AUGGAAGCCGACAAUAGAGACAAUGUUCUUAUUGCUUUGGCAAUGGUAUUCGGUGCUGGAGCUUCCACUGGAUUGGGUGCGGCAGUCGUAUUUUUCCCGUCCAUUGUCAAGCUGGCAUCCCAACGAGUCUUGGCAGCCUCCCUUGGAUUUUCAGCUGGAGUCAUGACCUACGUCUCCUUUGUGGAAAUCUUUAUCAAAUCCUAUGUGGGCUUCGAAGAUGCUGGAUAUGAAAGGAGCCAGGCCUAUGUUUAUUCCACCUUUUGCUUUUUCGGUGGUGUCGUGUUGAUGAUUUUGCUGAAUGUCGUUGUCGCCAAAUUACUGGGCGAAGACAGCCAUCAUCAUGCUGGACCUGUGAAUCCAGUAUCACAACAGCAACACCAAAGAGAGAACAAUCGCACGACGCAGCUUCCAAGUUCGGAAGCCAAGGAGAGCGAAGAUCAGCAGGACGGUGGAAGUGCAAAGGGAAGUGAUGAUGACUUUGUAGAAAACCUGCCCCUUUCAAAUGGUAACGCUCCUGUUGUGGUUGGGGACGUCGGAGGAGACAGCAUCUCUGACGAUGAGUCUCCGAAAGACAAGGAGGAGCAGCGCAAGCUGAUCAAGAUGGGCAUGAACACGGCACUUGCAAUUGCAUUGCACAAUUUUCCAGAGGGAUUGGCAACAUUUGUGGCUGCCGUAGAUGAUCCUUCUGUGGGUACUGUGUUGGCGUGCGCCAUUGCGAUUCAUAACAUUCCCGAAGGUCUGUGCGUUGCUUUGCCAAUCUACUACGCUACUGGAAGCCGAUCAAAAGCAUUCCUUUGGGCCCUUUUGUCUGGAGCGUCAGAAAUCGUUGCAGCUCUUUUGGGAUGGGCAAUAUUGGCUGCCGUGGUCGACGACGCAACGUACGCGGCUCUGUUUGGGAUAGUGGCUGGUAUGAUGGUAAUCAUCAGCAUUCGGGAACUAUUGCCCACAGCUCACCACUACGAUCCGGAGGAUACAGUGGUAACAUACUCCUUCAUUGCCGGAAUGCUGCUAAUGGCAAUUUCCUUGGUGCUUUUCAUGCUGUAA